AAGCAGUGGCGGUGAGGUCUACUGUGUGGAACCUAACCUAACCUAUUCACAGGCUUUGCAAGAAGAAAUUAAGUAAAUGUUAUUAUCCAAUUAAUGUACAACAUUGUCGUCAAAUAUGAUAUCGACUGCUAGAGCUGUACUUCGUGUCGAACAACACAUAAAUUACAGUAUUGUGGUUAAAGGGUUUCAUCAGUCCUGCGUACAAUACUUGGACCAAAGGUGGAGACAGAAACGUGGAUUAACGAGAAAUCCAAAUACUUUUGGUCCGCUGACAAAUUUGCCGGACUAUAUAUUUAAAGAUGGAAAACCCACGCCUCUUGGGGUAAGACAAAAAGCACGCUUGGAUAAACAACGUGAAUAUGCGGCAAAGAUUAUCAAAUUAGUAUCAGAGAUAGAUCAUGCUGUUGAGAGACAUCAUAGAUUGAAAGAAAAGGAGAAACAAGAAAGACAACAAAUUCUGGAUAAUAAGUUGAAACCCAAAGGAGAUUUACUGCUAAAGAAACAGUCAGAUUUACAAUUAAAAAAGUAGCUUUUAUGAUAAGAAAAUAAUAUACUUGUUUAAAUAUUAUC